CCUUCUUUGGAUCUGGGGUUCGCUUGAAGCGUAAUUGGCUGAAGGCUGCCAGGCUCUAUGGCGUACUCAGUUGGCCUGUUGGGCUCUUCUACAAACGGGGUAUAGAUAAUGGUAUAUACAUCCAUCAAGGCCCGGAAACAUGGUGUCUUAGGAUUCCGAUUGCUUCAGGUCAACGGCGUGUCCCCCUGUAUUCUGUCUCCUGUCUGCAUGUCUCCGAUCCUCAUCAUCACAUUUGCCCUUGUACUACAAUCUUAAUUUGAUAAGAUGAAGAUGGCUUUGAUACAGAAACUUUGCAGAUCCCUUCAAACGCCGGCCUUCACCAAGAGGUAUUGGGAUGCGGUGAUUGGGCUUGGGCUUAUUUUCGGCUGUCAGCUACUUGUGAUCCCAACACAGCUCGCUUUUGACCUUCAUUCCAUCAACAUCCCGGCCUCCAUUCUUGUGAUGCUCUUUUUGUUCUUCGCAAUGACCAUUGCGAGCUCUAUCAAUAAAGACGUCGCAGACUUCUACAACAAAUACCUACGAGGACCAACCGACUUUGUUGGGAGGCAUAUGUCACUUGGCUUCGUUGCAUUCUUCAUCUUGCUCAUCCAAGAUCACAUUCAACACGCAUCUGACAUCCCAAAACUGGCAGGAGCAUUCGUUGUGACAACCAUCGUGGGCUAUGUGUUCUCCUAUCUACUAGCAUAUGGAGGAUUCCAUUUAGAGUCACGAAUUCGACAGCGGAAACGUCCUGCGACCGAUCUAGAGAGCAACAAUAAAACAUGGCCAGCCGCCUCUCCUGAGCGCCGGCCCGUGGUAAUCAAACGAUUAUCUACCCUGAGUGAGGCUUUCUCGGCUAGUGAGCCAUUGAGGGAAACAAAAACCAUAAGUUAUAGCUUAGCCUUGGCAUUGGUUGAUAUGGUGUUUAAGACCGCUCCGAUAUGGAUCUGCCUUUUCCUCCUUACUGCUAUUGGCCUUCCAGUCUAUUUGGCCACAGGAUACAUGAUGCCUUUUGAUUUGUUCUCUAUCACUCUUUUAUGGGUCAUAUCUGUUCAAUUCCAGAGAUCUUUAAGGUCUUGGGAGAUUCUCCUCCGCUUCAAACGCUCAAGAGCCCUGAUUCUCAUAUUCUGCAACCCAAUCCUACUGACUUGGGCGCUCGGUACCGCCUAUAUGUGGGCGAAGGCAACUUGUGCGGGGAGAAGCAUUGAGUUCAUCAUCAAAGAUUUUCACCACUUCAGUUCCUUAUCCAAGUGCAUAGUACAUAUCAUGCAAGACCAUGACGUGCCUGCCCAUCUUGGCGCUGGGGAUCUAGCGAGUCUGCUGCUAGACGCUGGUGUGGCAUGCAUGGGGUUCAAGAUGUACGAGUACCGCUCAGAGCUCUGGGCGAGCUUGGGAACGGUAUCUUUCACGUGCACAGCGCUAGCAGCCAUAAACGUGUUCUUGAACAUCAUCGUGGCCCACGCCUGCGGUCUGCAAGCGGCGGAAGCUGUGGCUUUCGCUGGUCGGUCUGCUACGUUGGCGCUAGGGAUUCCAGCGAUCGAGAAUAUACAUGGAAGUACGACGCUCGCGAGCACUAUCGCCGUGUUCAGCGGCAUUGUUUUCCAAAUGGCAGGAGACUGGCUCUUCUCCGUCCUACGUAUCAACGACCGAGCGCCACGGGGCAGCUCAACACCUCCGCCAAAAGUUCCCAUCCUGGAGAAAUCGCGCAGUCUGUUUAGCAAGGCGACAUCAAAUCGUCACACAGAGGAGAAGCAGGAUACCAACAACGCUUGUGCCGAGACCAACGAGGAGAGCUCGGUGGUGGCUGCGGGUGUGACUGUGGGCAUUAACGCGGCGGCAAUGGGCACCGCGUAUUUGAUCGAGCGGGAUUCGAGAGCAGUGGCAUAUUCGGCGUUGUCUAUGAUAUUGUUUGGAGCUAUAACCGUGGGACUUACCGCGAUCCCAGCUACGACGAGUACUAUAGCAGUGCUCACGUCAAGGUAAAUUUCCUAAUUGGCAAAUAAAGUAACAAGAGACAACAUGAUGAUACUACGAGUAGAUGACAUUUACGGGCGGUGAAAAUGGACACAUAUCAGGUCGGGCUAUUGUAUGCAUUCAUGACGAAUGUAGACGACAUUUUGGAGAUGGAUAGAUUUGAGAUGAAUAGUGUAAUUGUAGAUAUUUUUCAGGGUGCAAACCCUUU